AUGUCUUCCAAGUGCUUAUUGGACUCGAAGGGGGGUCGAUUAGGUGCCCUGGAAGGUCCUUCAAGCACCAAUUUGUUCGACUCAACUUUGUUAGAUAUAGAUAUGUCUUCUAGGUGCUUGUUGGACUCCAAGGGGGGUCGGUUAGGUGCCCUGGAAGGUUCUUCAAGCACCAAGUUGCUCAACUCAAGCUCUUUAAAUUUAACUGCCAAAGCCGAAACUCCUGACUCUGAAGAGGAAUAUGAAUUAGACCAACUCGAUCCUGGCUGUUUUGAUUUAUCUGCCGAAGCUUGCAACCAACUCUCUGAACGUGCUCGCAAAACCCUUAAAAAUAGUGCCUAUCAUUCCAAAUCCUUCUAUCCUGGUUCAGUUCCUCAUACCUUGGUAUCUAGAAGCAAGUCUCUGAAUGAAUUGUCAGCUGAAGAGAAGAAGCAAAAAAUCAUGUCUCAAGCCAAGCGCUCUUCAACCAAUCCUGCUAAAAAGCAAAAAGUCUUGUAG